AUGUUGGAUGGCUUUUGUCUGACUGUGAUGCCCUCUGACCACUCCGUGGCCAUCUGCCACCCUCUGCGCCACACAGCUAUCUUGAACCACUGGCUCUGUCGCCUGAUGGUUUUAGAUCUUGGAUCACAAGACGGACCUUCCUUCAUCAUCAACCUCCUAAGUAGGAAUUCACACUUGCACCUGGAGGCAUGCAGUUCAUUUUCUUUCCAUCACAUGCUACGAUUUGGCUUGACAGACAUGCACGUGUAUUCAGUUGCUGUGAAGAUUGAUAAAGGAAAUGCAGAGGCAGCAUGGUUCACACUCUAUGAUGGCAGACAUCACCAACACAAUCACAUGAAGCCAGACAAUGAUGGAAAUGUUUCAGAAUUUAUUCUUCUGGGAUUUUCAGAAGAUCCAGAACUGCAGCCCCUCAUCUUUGGACUUUUUCUUUCCAUGUACCUGAUCACCGUGCUGGGGAACCUGCUCAUCAUCCUUGCUGACGGACCUUCCUUCAUCAGAAACCUUCUAAGGAGGAAUUCACACCUGCACCUGGAGACAUGCAGUUCAUUUUCUUUCCAUCACAUGCUACGAUUUGGCUUGACAGACAUGCACUUUUAUUCAGUUGCUGUGAAGGAUGCUAGAGGAAACGCAGAGGCAGCAUGGUUCACGCUCUAUGAUGGCCGACAUCAUCAGUACAAUCACAUGAAGCCAGACAAUGAGGGAAAUGUUUCAAAAUUUAUUCUUCUGGGAUUUUCAGAAGAUCCAGAACUGCAGCCCCUCAUCUUUGGGCUUUUUCUUUCCAUGUACCUGGUCACCUUGCUGGGGAACCUACUCAUCAUCCUGGCUGUCAGCUUUGACCCCCACCUCCACACGCCCAUGUACUUCUUCUUGUCCAACCUGUCCCUUGUGGACAUCUGCUUCACCUCCACCACCGUCCCCCAAAUGCUGUUGAGUAUACACAGAGAAAGUAAUGCAACAACCUAUGAAGGGUGCAUCGCUCAGCAGUUUUUUACCUCGGUUUUUGCAUCAUUAGACGAUUUUCUCCUGACUGUGAUGGCUUAUGACCGCUUUGUGGCCAUCUGCCACCCCCUGCACUACACGGUCAUCAUGAACCCUCGAUUCUGUGGACUCUUGGUUCUUGGAUCGUGGAUCAUGAGUAGUCUGAUAUGUUUCUUACAAAGCAUAUUGGUGUUACGUUUGUCCUUCUGUACAGAUUUGGAGAUUCCCAACUUUUUUUGUGAACUCAAGUUGAUAGUCCAGGUUGCCUGUUCAGAUCCCUUUGUUAAUAAUGUGGUGAUGUAUAUUACAACUGCUCUGAUGGGUGCGGGGCCCAUGGCUGGGAUCAUUUACUCUUACUCUAAGAUAGUUUCCUCUAUAUGUAGAAUUGCAUCCGCUCAAGGGAAGAUGAAAGCCUUUUCUACGUGUGCAUCUCACCUCUCAGUGGUCUCUUUAUUCUACUGCUCUUGUCUUGGAGUGUAUCUAAGCUCUGCUGCUACCCACAGCUCACAGUCCAGUUCAGCAGCCUCAGCCAUGUAUAGUGUAGUCACCCCCAUGCUGAACCCCUUCAUCUACAGUCUGAGAAACAGAGACAUAAAGAGGGCCCUGAAUGCAUUCUUGGUGAAGGGAACUACAAAAGGACACUUGUCCUAG